ACGUCGUCGUUUAUGAGUAGAUCUUUUUUAUUUCUUCCCUUUCUAUCAGCUAAAGAACUCGAAUAUCUCUUCCCUCUAUCUGCGGAGAACAGUGGUAGCCAUGUCUGCUCUUCUCUCGUCUUCACUUACACCCCCACUUUACCUCUCACAGAAACCCUUAUUCAUCUCUCUCAAAAACCCAUCUCUUCUCUCAUUCAGAAAACCCCAACCCAGAAAAGCGCAGUUCGUUUCUGCCAAAUCCAACGGCGGUGAUUCGGCAGACCCAGGUGACAGAUUAAUCUCAGCCGUCUGUUACUUCUACCCCUUUUUUGAUGGUGUCCAAUAUGGCAAAUACUUAAUCACCCAGUUCUCUCCAAUUCAAACUCUUAUCCAGCCCUUACUUCCAGCUAUAAGAGUCUUUAAAUCCUUUCCUUUAAAUGGGUUUUUGGUCUUUUUGACACUUUACUUUGUUGUUGUAAGGAAUAAUAACUUUAGCAGAUAUGUUAGGUUUAAUACUAUGCAAGCUAUUGUGCUUGAUGUGCUAUUGAUUUUUCCUGAUUUGUUGGAGAGGAGUUUUAAUCCUAGAGAUGGAUUGGGUUUGGAUUUAUUAAUGAGUCUGGAUAGUACUGUGUUUUUGUAUCUUUUAGUAUGUUUGAUUUAUGGGUCUAGCUCUUGUCUGCUGGGUCAAGUUCCUAGAUUGCCCAUUGUUGCUGAGGCUGCGGAUAGGCAAGUUCUUUAAAUUGAAUUACCCAAUUUGGGGUUUUGUUUAGUGCUUUCAUGUUAUGAAUUUGUAAUUCGUUUUGUUAAAGGAAGAAAGCUGAUCAUACAAUGCUUACUAUAAAUCAGUAUUGUUGCCAA